UAACUUCUGAAACCUCUAGCAUUUCAGAAAUUACCUCUAGCUCGGUGACCACUGAAAGUCUUACCGUUUCUUCUAGUAUGUCAUCCUCCACGCCAUCAGAAACUGAGCCAACAAUUAGUGGAUCAUUCGAGAAUGGAGAACUAAGUUGGAUAGUUGAUAUUCCAGGCAAUGUUGGACCUUGGACGUCUGUGGAGAUCGAAGGUUCCAGCAGUAGUGGCUUCAUGUUCAGUGAUAUCAAAUACGUUGUCGACAAAAUUAGAUAUCCAGUCAACACUACAGACUUAUCAUCAUUUGAUGUAUUGUCUGAGUUGUACUCGUCUGACGGUUUCCGUGUUGAGCUCAAAGGUAAGAUUAUUAGUGGAACUACCUUUACUGUUAAAGCAAACGUGAGUGUCACUAUCCCUGAUACUGCUAGAUUUGCAAAGAGAGAGGUACUUGUUUGGGAAUUGAGCGACACUGUCUCACUUGAUUCGUCAUCGUCUGAGUCAUCGGCAUCACAAUCAUCUACUGUCUCUACAUCAGAAGACUCCUCCACAACUGAAUCUUCAAGCACCGUCAACUCUUCUUCGGAGAGUUCUCAGUCCUCCACAGUUUUACCUUCUAGCUCAACAACUACCUCCACCAGCUCGGACUCAUCAAGUUCAUCUGGAACUGAAGUGGAGCUCGACCCGGCUUCAGGAUCAUCUACUGUGACAUCAGAGUCUUCCAUUUCCUCUGAAGAUCAAGCAUCUUCAACUUUGACUUCUUCCGCUACGAGCGAGCUGCUAUCUUCUAGUAGCUCGACCUCUGGCACCAUUUCUUCUUUGAUUUUAUCCACUUCUAAGACUGGCACUGAUUCCAUUUCCACUGAUGCUGUCGACUCUACGUCGUUAGAAUCAUCCGUCAUCCCUGAUGCUUCUUCCAGUGAGCUCGAGAUUACUACUUCUGCAGGGUCAUCGGUUUUGACAACCACUGCUACGGAAAAUAACGAGAGUACCACUGUCGUUACUAUCACUUCGUGUUCCGAGACUGUCUGUUCAGAGUCAGUAACCACUGCUGCUGUUACCACUGUUGUUACCACCAUCGACAAUGUUGUUACAACUUACACAACUUAUUGUCCACUCACUGACACUACUAGUGCCACUGUUACUGAAAAGGAGGAUAAGAGUACUAGUGUUGUGAAGCCAACAGGUGACAGUGACAAUAGUGCAUCCACUACUACCAUUGGCGACACCAACACCAUUGUGAAGACCAUCACUUCUUGUUCUGCUGGAGUUUGCCACACCACUACCGUGUCGCCAGGUUCUACUCUCACUAGUACUUCCACUGGAGUAGGUUCUACCACAACUGGCUCUGGCUCUGGCUCUGGCUCUGGUUCUGGCUCUGGCUCUGGUUCUGGCUCUGGCUCUGGUUCUGGCUCUGGCUCUGUUGAGAAUUUAGAGAAUGUUGGUGAGGAUGUUGGCACUAAUGGUGCAACCGCAACCAACGCUGCUACCACCACCGUUGCUGCAGCCGGUACCACCCAGACUACCAAAGCAAAUGCCAAUGUUGCUGGUGACACUCAGGAUAUUACAUCCACCGUCACUGAAGCUAUUACAAAGACCAGAGUCCUUGCUUCGGGCGUCACCGCACCAUCCGCAAUCCUGUCUGCAACACCAGCUAACCCAGCAGACUCUCUCGUCACAGUUCCAACUGUCAUUCAACCAAAGAGUACUCUGUCCACUUCAGCAGACUCCAAUGAGUCCUCCUCAACUAGCUCCAGUGCCUCCACUCUGGCCACUACGGCUGCUAUUACUACUUACGAAGGUGUUGGAAGUAACAUCAAAGCCUCUGGGCUUUUCACUGUUAUCUCUUCUAUCAUUCUGAUGAUUGUUUUCUGA